ACAGGCAGUCUGGCAACGUCGCCAUCUGUAGCAAAUCGUUGUUGUGUCGAGUCUUUAUUCAUUGUUUUGUUUUCCGCCGUGCAAAGUGCAUCUGAAUGCAAUAUCGGAUCUGUGCAAGGUUCUUGCCCUUUCGCUGGUCGCUGGUGCGCAACCUGUUGAUCGCUGCCAGCGUCACCACCGCCAUCGCAGUCCCGCCGGCAUUUGCCACAGCGAGCAGUUGCUUCUCUUCCAGUGCCGCCAGCUCCAAUUCCACUUCUAGUGCCUGCUCCAAGAUGGGCGACCAACCGGCGGCGGCAGAGGGAUCCUCGGCAGCCGGGCAGUUCGCCUACCAGGCGGGCAGCAGUUCGGUGGCAUUUGUGACCACUCCGGAUCGGGAGUGCGCCAAGAAGCUGGCCCGCAGCAUCAUCGAGCGUAAAUUGGCCGCCUGCGUGAACAUUGUGCCCCAAAUAGAUUCCAUCUACAUGUGGGAGGGCAAGAUCACCGAGGACUCCGAGUACCUGAUGAUGAUCAAGACGCUCACCAGCCGCAUCGACGACCUGACCAAGUUCGUCCGCGAGAAUCAUCCUUACAGCGUCGCCGAGGUCAUCUCGCUGCCCAUCCAAAAUGGCAAUCCGCCGUAUCUCGAUUGGAUCGCACAGACGGUGCCUAAAAAGGUCAAGAGCCAAGACUAAAAUAUAUUUAUAAUCCAUUUAAUUGAAAUUAAACGGUUAUCUAAAGCA